AUGGCCGUUCUAACCUUGCGUCUUUCGCCGCUGGCGAACAAGUUCUCCUCCGCAGGUCGGCGGUACCCGCCCAUGCAUUCCGCACCCAUCCGGUGGGAAUGUCCUCCAACGUCAAGCUACGCAGUGCUUGGCACGGGACCCCUUUACCGUCCUCCGCGUGGUCAGUCCAACCAACACAAGCUCGAUCUGCCUAACUCAUGGCAGAUCCAUCCAACAUUUUAUGUGGCGACGGCAAACGAUCCUCUGGGACCCGCGGUGACUCUUCUUCCUCUUCCGCCGCCCGUGACAUCGGCCCCACCCCUUGCUGCGGCGCAACAACCGCCCGCGCCCCCACCAGGUAAUAAUCCGCGGCUGCUUGCCGCUCCGCCGCUGUCAAUGGACCAUCACGUUGUGGCGAAUUGUACCCCGCAAACGGAUUCACCGGCCCGCACACACGUCGAGAAACUCGCCGUCAGCGAAGCCCACACGCUCGACCAGGCGCUCGCCGCCCACGCGACCGCGAUCGUGAGAUCGCGAUGGACAGCGACGGGUCGGCAAUUCGCUGUGCGAGUCGGGUUCGCGCAUAUUUACGUGGGCGUCGAUCCGCGCGACAGACCGAGCUUCCAAACGCCCAUGCUUCUGUCGCCCCACCCCGGCGAAACUAGACAGCGAGUUGGCCAACCGCCCCGCUGUCAGCGGCAACUGCCCAUUCCACCCGCUGCCUUGUCCAGCCAGCGUCCACACAAACGGUACAAGGUACUCAAGCAAUGUCUCAUCAUUGCAAAGCUCGAUCCGCCCCACGUCCACAACCCAGCGCUACAGGCGCUCCCGUUCAUGCAACUCACGCAUGGCGCCUUUGAACUCAUCGAACUGGUGAAAACUCACCCUCGCACGCUGCAUGCAUUCCAAGGCCAGCAGCAUCCACAAAACCUGCAGCUCAAACGAUUGGGCGCUUGCAAACAAGCGCAGGUAUCGUUCCACGCCGGCAGCAUCGGUCGUCUGGUACCCCCAGUCAUCACGAGUUUCGUUAAACUCGCCCAUCACUGUCAAACGGCGCGCAAUGUUGCGCAAGUACCCCAAGUCCACGCCACCUACCCGGCAGGCGUGAAGAUUCGCCAGCGAUUCCAGUGGAACCCCAACUCUCGCUCGAAAACUUCGUCUCGGGCGAUGCUGGUCCGCUCCCGUCCACCAAAUUCGCCUUUCACUUUGGCUUCCGUCUCCACGGCAACCCCCUUGACGGUCACCUUUCCUUCAUUUCCCCCAACGCCCACAGUGUUGGGAUGUCCUUCACCACACGAUGGUGCCCCAGUCACACCUCAGCUGGCCGCCUUACUCACUGCUUCUGCAGCCUCCUUAGCCGCUUUCGCCGCAGCCGCUGCGAUCGCCUUGGCCUCUUCGACACGCUUUGCCUUCUUGGCGACCAGCAGUAUUUGGCUCCUCCCGUACCAAAUACUGCUCCAGCAGCUUCAGCACACCUUCGGCGCCAACUGUCUGCAUGGCGCUUUUCACCAAGUCUGCAACAUCUUACUGCUCCAGUUUACCAAGCCGUUCACGCUUCACGGCCACCUUGGCCUCCCAAUGAGCCUUGCGCUGCGCCACUUCGGCCACAUCCUCGGUCGGCGCCACUCUGUCGUCGUCGUCCGACUCGGCUGUGGCGCCGGCGCUUCGGCCUCUUCCAAGCUGUCGUCGGCAUCCUCGGCGAUUUCACUCGCCUUACGCUUCUUGCCUUCGUCUGUCAUCUACAGUCUCUACUGUCACGUCAUAGUUCCCUCUCAUAUCUGA